ACCAGGGUUGAGAAAGAGUCCAGUCCAAAGCAAAGAUCCUAUAGCGGAUCUUUGGUCCAAAGAUCAUAGAGCGGAGUUGGCUGGUAUCCGCUCCAUGACCUUUAGUCCAGUCGGUGUUGAACAAACCGGGAGCGCAGGCGCACACAGACGUGACGCCAUCACUAGGCGACCGUGGACCUCGGGAUCUCGGCAGCAGGGCACACAAGCAGAAAGUUUGUCUAUGGGAAUCUCAAAUUUAACGUCACAUCAGACAGGUCACAGCACCAAAGUCCUCAAUCCUUGAAUCUGGAAGAGGAAAUGCUCAUCAGUUGUAUUUCUGAAGUGAGACAACAAACCACAGUGGGGCAGUGACACUCAAUUCUGAAGGAGGGUGUUCAAGAGAACUGACUGUGGAAAGAGCUUUGGCCAUUUACACAGCCGCAGAAGGAGGCUGGAACCAAACACGUGUUCCAUGUGUGUGAGGUCUUGAUGAAUCAACCUGGAGACAAAGGGGGAAAUUAAGUCAGUGACUGACCAAAUAGUUUCUUUCUAAAAGUGAUAUCAGUGUGAAUUCUUCAGUCUUUGAAAAGAAACAAUUUCCCAUCCUGCUAGAAACUUGAGCAUCUGCUCUGUGUGGAAAGAAGCGGGCUUGUUUAAUCCUCCUGUUGAGACACCAUUGAUCUGGCUCCCUGAGAACACGGCAGCACAUCGUCAUUGGAGACGGGACAUUCAACUGCUCCAAGUGUGGGAAACCUGGAUCCACACGGUCACCCACCCGCUGGUACACCAGUGAAUUCACACCAGGGAGAGGUCCUGCUCCUGCUCUGAGUGUGGAAACGGAUUCACUCAGUCAUUCAAUAUGACGGGACACCAGCAGGUUCACACGAGGGAGAGGCCGUUCACCUGCACUGAGUGUGGAAAGAGAUUUGCUCAGUCAUCCCACUUGUUGAUACAUCAGCGGGCUCACGCUGGGGAUACGGAGUUUGAAUGCUCUGAAUGUGGGAAGAGCUUUGCGUCGUCAACUAGCCUGAUAAGGCAUCAACGGAUUCACACAGGAGAGAGGCCGUUCAAAUGCUCUGAAUGUGGCAGGGACUUUAUUCAAUCAUGCCACCUGCACAAACACCUGCUAACUCACACUGGAGAGAGGCCAUUUACUUGCUCCGAGUGUGGGAAGGGAUUCCCUCGGUCGGACAGCUUGCUAAUGCACCAGCAGAUUCACACAAGGGAGAGAAUAUUUACCUGCUCUGGGUGUGGGAAGGAAUAUAGUCACCCAUCCAGCCUGAGGAAACACCAGCGAAUCCAUGUGGGCAGAUCAUUUAUCUGUUCUGAGUGUGGAAAAGGAUUCCUUGCUUCAACAGACCUGCUGAAACACCAACAAAUGCAUACAGGGGAUAAGCCGUUUAUCUGCACAAAAUGUGGGAAGGGAUUCCCUGUGCGUUACAAUCUGCUGAGACAUGAGCAACUUCCCGCUGGGGCAAUGCACUUCAACUGUGCAGAGUGUGGGAAAAUAUUCACUCGCUUAUCAUGCCUGAAGAGGCACCAACAAUCUCACACCGUGGAGAGACGUUUAUCUGCUUCGAGUGUGGGAAGAGAUACACACGGGCAUGUUCUCUGCUGAGACACCAGCAAACACACACUGAGAAGGAUUAACCAUGAGGUGUGAGGAAUCCUGCAAACCCUGUUAGGCUUUAUUUCUGAUACUAUUGGUAACCCCUUUAAAUGGACUGAGGUUUAAUAUUCUGCUGCUUUGACCAUUGUCUCAGAUCCUAAAUCAGACCACCAGGUGGUGCAGAACGAUGGCUGCCUCACCAAUGGUCUGUCUCGUCUUUAUCCUUUGUGUUUUUAGUUUGUUGUAAAAUGUGUGUUUAAUUUAUCUUUAGUUUUCUAUUAUGUGGGGGGGAGGGGAAACUGUUUAAAUCUCUUUCCUCGACGGAGAUGCAACAUUUUCUGUGUCGUAUCUCUGUCCACACUGCAGUCUAACAUGGUGGAGCUGGCUGUCCCUGUCGGGGAUCGACCUCGGCAGCUCCAACCGCGGAAGCCUGUGGACUUUAACAUUGUGGAGCUCGACGUCCCUGGUUAGGGACCGGAUUUGGGAGCUCCAAGUCACGGGAGCUUCAAUCGCCCCCAACUGUGAACGGUUCGACUCCUCCGACAGUGGGAGAAAAGGAGGAAAGAGGAUAAAACUUUAUUGCCUUCCAUCACAGUGGAGAAUGUGGAGGAGCUGCUGUGGUGGAUGUUUAUGUCAAUUUUUGUUGUAGAUGUGUGUCUUGUUUUUUUUAGUAGGACUGAAUGGCAAAUCAAAUUCCUCGUAUAUUGCUAAUUAUUUUUUAAAGGAAUAAAAAUGGGCGAUAUGCAGUAUAGAAUAAGGCAACCUUUUUUCCUCCGUUAACAAGGAAUUGCAGAUGCUGGUUAACCAAAGAAAGAUGCAAAGUGCUGGAGUAACUCUGCAGGCUUCAAAGUCAAAGGAGCAGAAUUAGGCCAUUCGGCCCAUUGAGUCUACUCCACCAUUCAAUCAUGGAUGAUUUAUUUUUCCCUCUCAACCCCAUUCUUCUGCCUUCUGUCCAUAGUGUUUGUAACUCUAAUGGUUCAAUCGUACUUUAUUGUCACUUGUACCGAGGUACAGUGAAAUUACGUUUUUACAUUCCGUUCAGUAAAAGUAUUAAUAUGCAAAGUACUACUAUAAUAUUACACUUACUAAUCAAGUUUAGGCAGCAACUCUGCAGAACAUGGAUAGGUGUUGUUUUGGGUCAAGAGUUGACAAUCCGAAAUGUAGUCCUAUCCAUGUUCUCCAGACCCACUGAGAUUUUUUAAUGACCUUUCUUUUCCAGCUUCACAGAUUUUGCCUCUGAUAUUUUGAGUAUAAUGAGCUGUACAAGUGAUCAUGUGACCCAAUGUAUUUAUUAAAGUGAAGGUAUGACACAAAA